AGACAACGAGAGAAGGAAAGAGGAGGAGAGGAGAGAGAGAGAGAUUGAGAGAUUGAGAGAGAGAGAGGGAGAAAGAGACAGCAGCGUCAGCCCACUCCCCAGCGAGGACUAAACUUCGGGCGAGAAAUUUGGUGUGACAGACACAAAGGGACGUGGAAAAAGCUCGCAUCAGGACCACAGGCGGACAACAGCCCAGACAGAUCGCAGAGCACAAUAGCGGGGGCCCGCAAACAAGAGCAUGUCUGCUGCUUUUUUUGUUGCAAUGUGCAGCAGUCUUCAUGUAGCCUAAUUACAUUCCUCUUGGCGUCUCUCGGUUGCAUCAGUCGGGAGUCUUUUUCUUCUGUCAGUUCUGUCAGAUCUUCAACCAACACACGCAUUUAAGAAGCGAAGGCGAUAAUUUGACGACGUUCAGACAAGUCCAGGCUGGGACGGAGCAAGUGUUUGAACAUUGUGCUUGUGCCUUGCAGGAGAAGCAAGAGACGAGCGCUGCCCAGAAUAAACUGAAAGGAAAAGAGCAGCGGAGAGGUGUGAACUGAAAGUGGACGUCGAGGGGAAAGACACCUGAACUGAUUCCAGAGGUGAAUGUCUUUCUGAAGGGCCCUCUCCAUGGAUAUAGACACAGACUAUGAGCGGCCCAAUGUGGAAACCAUUAAAUGUGUGGUGGUAGGGGAUAAUGCAGUAGGCAAGACCAGGCUAAUCUGUGCCCGGGCCUGCAAUGCCACCCUCACACAGUAUCAGCUGCUUGCCACCCACGUGCCAACCGUCUGGGCCAUCGACCAGUACCGUGUAUGCCAGGAGGUGUUAGAGAGAUCUCGUGAUGUAGUGGAUGAGGUCAGUGUGUCCCUGAGGCUAUGGGACACAUUCGGGGAUCAUCAUAAAGACAGACGAUUCGCCUAUGGCAGGUCAGACGUAGUGGUGCUUUGCUUUUCUCUGGCUAAUCCCAAUUCCCUGCGCCACGUACGCACUGUGUGGUUUCCGGAGAUCAAGCACUUUUGUCCCCGGACACCCAUCAUUCUGGUUGGCUGCCAGCUGGAUCUGCGCUAUGCCGACCUGGAUGCAGUUAACCGCGCACGUCGACCCCUUGCCAAACCCAUCAAACCAACCGAUAUCCUUCCACCAGAGAGAGGCCAUGAGGUGGCAAAGGAACUUGGGAUUCCCUACUAUGAGACCAGCAUUGUUGCUCAGUUUGGAGUCAAAGAUGUUUUUGACAAUGCCAUCCGAGCCGCCCUGAUCUCCCGUCGUCACUUGCAGUUCUGGAAGUCUCACCUGAAAAAGGUCCAGAGGCCACUUCUCCAGGCUCCCUUCCUGCCUCCUCGCCCACCUCGCCCCAUAGUGGGCAUCCCAGACCCCCCUGCCACAGAGGGCGAGGGCCCUGAUUCUCUUUUCUGCCAGCCACUGUGUACAGAUGUUCUUUUCCUUCUGCAGGGUGGUGGCACUCGCGUCUUUGCACACAAAGUAUAUCUGGCCACUUCCUGCUCCAAGUUCUAUGACCUCUUCACCCUUGAUCUUGGUGGAUCAUGCAUGGGGCCACGGGGGGAGGAACAAGAGAGCAAAGAAAACUUUGAGAGUGGGGAGGAAGAUGAACAGAGCAGGCGCGGCGCUAAAGAGCAAGCUGGGCGCACUAAGAGCCUGGACAUUGAUAAAGAUGGGGUUGAUGGCGGAGUGCGGGGCCUGAAUCGACCCCAGUUGCUCCAGCAGGGCUCUUUGAGGACUUCCCAGAGUGAUAAUGCACUCCCCUCUCGAUCCCACUACUCCCUGGGAGCACUAGGGACUGGUCGAGCACUGUCAGGAUGGGGAAGGGGGUUUCUGAGUGUGUGUCUGGAGCAUGUUGAUGAUCCCAUGACUGGACGACCACGACUCAUGACCGUGGUAGCCAUGGAUGCGCUUAUCCAGGAAGAACCAUUUAAGGCGGUGCUUCAGUAUCUGUACACGGGCAGUCUGGAUGAGGGCCGAGGGGAUCUGAUGCAGGUGGCCACCCUCGCAGAGCUACUUGAGGUGUUUGAUCUGCGGAUGAUGGUGGCCAAUGUUCUCAACAGAGAGAGCUUCAUGAACCAGGAAAUCACCAAGGCUUUCCACGUCCGCAGAGCCAACCGCAUCAAGGAGUGUCUCAAUAAAGGGACCUAUGCUGAUGUGGUGUUCCGACUGGACGAUGGCUGCCUCCCGGCCCACAAGCCCCUGCUCAUCUCCAGCUGCAACUGGAUGGCUGCCAUGUUCCGUGGCUCUUUCAUGGAAAGCUACAUUGAGGAGGUAUCCAUUCCUGACACCAGUGCAGCCUGUAUGCGUGGGACGUUGGAGUUCCUGUACUGUGGAAUGCUCACACCCGGUCCUGGUCUGGAUCCCAUGGAACUAAUUAUUCUCGCCAACCGUCUGUGUUUGCCACGCCUUGUCGCCCUCACAGAACAGCACGCUGUGGACGAGCUUCUCCAGUUGGCAGCAAAAGGAGGUGACAUUGAUGGACAAGUGUUGGCUUACCUCGAGCUUGCACAGUUCCACAAUGCCAAGCAACUAUCAGCUUGGUGUCUCCAUCACAUCUGCACUAAUUAUAAUAGCAUCUGCCGCAAGUUUCCCAAAGACAUGAAGGCCAUGUCUCCAGAAAACCAGAGGCACUUUGAGAAGCAGCGCUGGCCUCCUGUGUGGUUCCUGAAGGAGGAGGACCGCUAUCUGCGCUCUCAGAAGGAGCGCGAGCGCGAGGAGGAGAUCUUGCGCAAGCAACACACCAAACGGGGCUGGUGUUUCUGGAGACACCCGUCCUCCUCUCCGCACAUCUCCUAAAGGGUUUUCCACCACUGACUUCUUUACCCUGAACUGGGUCAUUCUACCCACUAACUCCCAUGUAACGCAUAUAGAGGAGGUCCCCUUUAAAUCCUCUAUCAGUGGAGAAAUGACUCUCAGUGCUAUGCCUGUGCUAUGCCUGAAUGUCAGCACGUUUGGGGGAAUGUAUGUGCCUCUUUAUAAUUGUGGGUGACUUCAUUAGUAUAUUCUGGUAUGCUUGUUUUGACUUAGCUGAAGGGUAUAAGUGUGGAUGUGUGAGUGUACGUUUGCGGUUGGCCUGAUUGAGUGAUGCUUCCGAGUUGAGUGCUUCCCAGACGGGCUGAUCUAUAAGGGCCUGCAGCGCCGCAGUGCAGCCCUUUGUCCCCUCCACAAAAGCUCUGUCCCUCCACCAGCACUCACAGUGUCCAAGCCUUUGAGUGAUUUGCCUGGGAGCAAGGGCUCUUUCUAUUUCUCUCAGUCCACUUCCUUCACAUUGACCUUAAUGACUAUUACACAUUGACCACUGCAGCUCCUCUCGGGGAGCUUACCUCUGCCUUCACUUCUACGCAGACUGUUAGCUGGCACACACAGACCAGUGCAAAAGAUCCACCAUUCUAAAACCAGCACUGGAUUCCCAGGAACUGACACUUAAAAAUGUAAUUAUUGUUUUGCUUUUAUUUGUCCUUUUAUGUAUUUUUUUUGCGCCCUUCUAGGACACUAUUAUCAGGGGAAAUGGCGCACACUACUCCCAGUAAGUGUUGCAAACUUUGAUUGCCAUUGCAACGAUGGGGCUGUUAAUCUAGAGCCCAGGUUAGGGUGUAAGGACAACCCUAUAACCAUUAGCAAGUUGGGAUGCUCUAGUCAGGAGGCUUGAUCAUAGCUAUUAGCCUCCAGUCUAGUAUUGUAUUGGUUCUUGGUGUCCAUCGUUCCUGUGCAUCCCACCCAGUCCUCCUGCACCACAUGCGUGCAAAAAAAAGCAAAAUACACGCUCUCCUUGAUGAGUUGGAUUCACCAAUCUGCACUUCAGAGACAUUCAAAGUGACCAAUCUAUAGCAAUGAUGGGGAUGAAGAGGACUAGCCUUCCUUGAUACCUCUGCCAUUGAGGAAUGAUGGAUGCAGUAUUAAACGCGUUAGUGACGUCCAUGACCACUUGGUUGCAUUGAAGCACCUCAGCCAGCCUGCCUUUACACCCCUACACCACUAGGGGCAGCACUGCUCAGGGCCCCAGCACUAACCUUCACACUAACAGGAGUUUCUGUGCCUGUGAUUGCUUCACUAUAGUUUCAAUCAUUAAAUCAGUAUAACUGCAAUCCUUGCAGUGUUAGGAGAAAGAUAAAGAACAGUGUUGUGAUGAGUAAAAUGGACUGUACGCAACAAUUGAUUUUUCACCUAAUUGUGAAUACCAAAGCUGUGAUUCUUUUGAUCUCAUUCUUCCUCACUUACUUAAUUUCUGCUUCCCUGCUUCCUUUAUUUUCAAGAGCGGAUGAAGGAGAAAAGAGAAAGUGGCUUGUGGGAGAAGGAAGCAGUAUGAUGUAAUAUUUGAAUCCCUCCUGGUGGUGGUGUUUUCAGUCCGUGGUUUCAGGAGAAAAGUGUCACUGCCUUCCAUUCCUCUGGAAUUGAAAAUGGUGCUUACGACACAAUAAGACAGUGUCCACAUGAACACAGACACAUGUGACUUUAAGUUCACAGUUUAAGCGUCUGUCUAGUUGUUUAGUAUUUGCCUGCGAUGAACGUGCAGAAUAGUAAUGAUGGUAUUAAAAUGUGACACUUUUCUUAAACCUUAGAUUUUCUUCUCCAUAUGCUUACAGUCUGUAAGUAUAUAGUCAUAAUAGGUCACUCAUUUUAGAAUGUGUAGAUUUCAGAUUUUGCAUACAGUGGAUAGAAUUUUGUGAUGUCUUUAACUGCUUUUGAAUUCAAAAACAGUGUGGUCUGUUAUGCUUCCUUGUCAACCAGGAAAAUAAUAUUACUUUAGAUUGAAUUUGCAAUUGUGAGUGUUGUCUCAACGGAUUUGAUAUACAAGCUAUAAGAGUGCAAAUCUGAAUUUCUUGUUAAGGGUGCUAAUUUCUUUGGGCUUUAGCACUGAAUGUGAAAACGAGACUUUGUGGUGAUAAGUUUUGUAUUAGCACGUUGUUCUAUUUGUGGGUUUGCGCCCCUCAGCUUUACCCGAGCAACUGUAGGAGAUAGAUUGAUUGUGUGAGACACGUGGUGCGUUCUGCCACUCUCCAUGGGAGGUGUGUUAAAGUCAUGCUCGACUACCCAAAUAGAAGUCCGAUAGGAUCUCACGAGACCCAAGUGGCAAUUAAGGAGAUUCCUCUCUGAAAAGAGUGAAGGUGGAGCAAAAGUGAACUCCGUUUCAGUCAGCAUUACAUGCAACCCACAUCGUUUGGAAUACCACCACGGUUAUUUCAAAGUCAUCCCAGUGCUUUGCUCUGGGAAUUUAAAAAUGAAACCCAAAGAGGUGAAAGCUGGGGGACAGUUUUUUAUGGACUUCCAUGGCCUCCUUUUAGUUUCCCAUAGAAUGGAUGGCUAAUAGAUUUGUCUUAUUGAUUGUUGGUAUGACCCAAUGAACUUCUUAUCUUAGUCUGUGUGCCUUAUAGUUGGACAAAACUAAAAGCUAGUUUGAGAUUUUAGCAAACCUGCAGACAGGUUCUGCCGUGGUUGACAUGAUGGAUAGAGUAGACAAUCUCCAUGAUCAUUUUAAAACUGUAAAACAGAUUAUGGUGUUGCUGGUUAUGCACUCUCAGCCAUUAUCCUUCUUGAGGUUUUUUUCCUGAGCAAACUGGAGCCAUGCCAGUGAAGAAUUGUUAGGCCUGCUGCUUGUUUUUAUGGACGGACAAAUGGCCUUAAAUAAUACUCUUUGUAGACUGUAGUACAGUAGGUUGGUCUAAUCAUAUAGCCUUGUGUAGUAUGUUUUCUACAGUGGUAAUUAUUUGGAUGUAAAAGGACUUGCGUCUUGGUUCAAAAAUCUCCACUGACCAGGUGAUUGUGAGGUAGCAAUUAAAUUGACUAACAGGUUGAUUCCUGUAAUUUAACUUCAAAACCACUGACUUUGGGAAAGCAAAGCUUUUUUUUUAAUGAGCACUGGCUGGCCUGUGUGCUGGGAGAGUGAAACCACUUUGAUGAAAUGUGGUAAAGUUGCAUGGUGGCCUAACUUUGUCAUUAUAAUGACACUUGGUGUUGGAAUGUACUUUCUUCUUUUUUGUUUAUGACUAUACCUUUCUGUGCUUAGCAUGAAUUGUUCCUUAUGUAACUUUUUUUUUUUUUUUUUUUUUAAACCCGAUGAUUGUAGCCUGAUAUUUCCACUUCUCACAAUUUUCCACAACUCAAUAACAUGAAUAACAUGACUUGUCCAGCCUAGUUAGCACUGAAGCCCACACUAUGCGGCUUAAUGCACAACUUAGUUUGCUAUACAAACUCGGCACAGCUCAAGGUAGCAUCACUAAUUAUACAACUUUAAAUAAUAUGCUGGGAUAUUUGCUUGAAAAAGUAAUGCAGAUGAUCUGCUGCAGCUGCGCUGCUGUCCCCUUUAUUUUGUUACUGUAGUUACUAUAAUCAAUCAAGCUUAUUCUUGGGAUUUUGAAGAUAUUGGGAACAGGGCAUACAUCUGAAAAUCAUAAAAAGCUAAAUUUUAAUUGAAAUCAACUAUUGUAAUGCACAUAUUGUAAGAAUGUUCUAAAUGGCUGGAAGCCAGGUAUAAUGUUUGGGCUUUAGGCUGUGUGUAAUGACAGUGGAAUUUGGUGUUUCUGGAGUUACACAGAGGCUUCGGAAUAUCCAGAAAUGUGUUCAGUGUUUCUUAACCUUUGGUCGGGUUCCUAUCUGGGGUCAUUUGGUAUGCAUAUGGGGUGGUGGGAAAUAAAACUGAAAUUAUAAUAUGAAUUACAUUAAAUACUGUGGGUUUUAAAUAUAAUCGCUACUUAUUUGGAUAUUUUAACCUUCAGUUCACAAGAACUUGAGUAUUCUCUUAUUAUUGGUGUAAAUCAUGGGCCAGAAAAGGUUGAGAAACCCUGAUAUACAGCGAGGGAGAGAUGGAGAUGCCAAAUUUCGAACCCUGUUAGCUUUAUUCUUUCCUCAAUAUUUGCUCCACGCUGACCCCAACAGGCCAAAGUCACAUUCUGAUGUUAGGAUUUAGGGUUGUGUUAUUCAUCUGGAUUGUCUUGUUCUAUCGUAUCACGUCCUUUUCACUUUCAGAUUCUCCUCAUUUAUUUGAGGUGGAGCUUUUCUUUCUUCUUAGCCGGCAUGAACUUCCUUUUGAAAUUUGAGGCCUAGUGACUGAGAGAACACGUUAUUUUUAGUCAUUGGUGUCUCCUUUCCUGUGCCUUUUAGUGAAAUCUCGCUCUUUUGGCUCUGUACAGGCUGCAAUGCACCUGCAGCCUUCUGGGUUUUAAAAAAGUUGAUUAAGCCAAGACAAUACACAAGUGAGCACAGAAAUAAAAGUAGGCAGCUUUCUUUAAUGUACAGUAUCUCAGCAUAGUUAAUGGCUAUUUGGGUCGUAGUGAUAACUUCCAAUGAUAACACAUAACGUUCAGUAUGUAAUAUCAUCUAUGCUAAAGCUACGCAACUUAAAUUAUGAAAUGACCAAGAAACCCAGCAAACCAGCAGUUUUAAAAUGUUUUUGCACUUUCAGGUGCCUGCACUUUCUAUUAUGUAGCCUAAUACAACGUUUUUGAUACUUAUGCUAAGUCUUUAUAUUUACCAGUUUUCUUGAUCAAAACUAAAGUAUCUUAUCACUUUUCCAGUUUCUCGUGAUCUGUUUCUCAAAUUCAAUAGAAUACCCUAUUGCUUCCACUAUUUAGCUGCAAUGGACUAUGUUGCAAUCAUGCGUGAAGUCAGUGUAUUCAAAGUUGGGGGAGCAACAUCUGUGGACUACUGGUUGGAUUAAAGGCAGAUAAUAGCUGUGACAACUACACACAUUAUGCUUUAAUGAAGAUAGUUGUUAUCCAAAGUACAGUGUUGAAAAUUUGAGUCACAGCUUGAAUAACCUUUCACCUUAUUCUCACCUUGUUGUAUCUAUUUGCUAGGCUGGUGUAUGCAUAGGACUUUAUGUGCAGAGAGGCCCAGGACAGGGAGAGUGUUCAUAUAGACAUACAUGGUGUGAUUAAUCCCUGGUCUAUACUGUAAUUUUUAAGUGGAUCGUAUAUACUGUAUAGUAUUGUUAUGCACUUUUGUUUCCUUUGACUCAUAUGAGUUUUAUUAACAUUUACUGCUCAUGGUAUCGUGUGUAUUACAAUAAAAAAAAGGCAAAAGAAAGAGCACAUCACAAUCACAAACUAUUAAGGGCUUUCAAGAAAAAACACAACAAUCAGAAUGUUUUGCUGCUGUUGCAAAAAACUGUUUUGAAACUAAAGUUUGUAAUAUUUUUGAACCACUGUGAUUUGUACAAAA